AUGGGGAAAAUCGAUUGGAAACUUCUUUCCAAAUACAAUUCGAAUCGUGAUGUUUACGAGGUGAUCACCGCGAAGAGUUCCUCAAGGGAGAAUCUGCGAAAAUUGGAGGGAAAUGUGAUGAAAGUGGCCGUUUAUUUGGAAGCCCCAUUCGUGAUGCACGACGAGGAGGCUGAAAGGAGAGAUCCGAAAAAUGGGAAACACUACAAGGGAUACUGUAUCGAUUUGUUGAGUAAAAUCGCUGAGACACUCAAUUUUACGUAUAUUUUGCAUGAGGUGAAAGAUAAAACAUACGGAUCGAAGGAUGCAAGCGGACAAUGGAAUGGACUUGUUGGAGAGUUGUUGAGAGGGGUCAGUGAAGUUCUU